CAAGUAUUUUACUGAUUCAUGGCAACAAAUCAUAUCGAAUAAAGUACGUAAUAAAUCUCUUUGAAAACUAAAAUCAUCACAUAAUCAACUGGCUAAUUAUGUCUAUUGAUUAUUUUUUUUAUAAAAAGAAAAGGCCACAUUUUUUUCUUUAUCGUUAAGGAACCAUUAUCGCCACGACCAGCUAUACAAAUAACAACAGAUCAGUUUAUUAUUUUUCUCGAUUAUGAAGUUAUUAGUGAAACAUCAUCAAUUGAUCAAGCUAUAUGUAUUGUUAUUUCAUUAUAUGUUAUAUUUGAAUUACAAUUUGGUAUACACAAUCGAAUUAUUCAAUUGUUAUAUGGUAUUCUAUUGAAACAAUCUGGAGCAUUAACAAAACCACUACACAUUUUACUGAAUCAAUGGAAUUUUAUUAUUGAUAAAAGAGAAGAUAAAGGAGGUGGUCAUAUGAUAACAACGAAAUCAACAAAUUCUAAAACUCUUACAGCUACAGUCGAAUGUGUGACACAAGUCGAAGAUAAUCAAACUGAUGAUUUACCAGAUAGUGAAGAACAAGAAGAAUAUGUCAAAAUUACAACAGGUAUUAUUCAAAAUCGAACAAGAGCUACAUAUAUUGGUGAUAAGAAUCUUAUGAAUGAGUAUUCAUUAGAAUCGUCAGAUUCUUCUUCUUCAUUAUCACCAAUUGAUCUUCCAUUUAUUAUUCACAUUUCACUAGCAAAAGAACAACAAAGACAAAUAGCAUCCUCACUAUCUUCGAACGACAACACUUUAUAUGCAGUAAAUAUCAAACAGCAGGUAUCAUCAACAUCAACUGAUGAAUCAUCAACUAUCUCAAAUAAAAAACUUGUCGAGCAAAAAAACGUCCUGCUAGUUCCGAAGAACCAAUAG